AUGGAUGAAAUCUUUACUGUUAAAACUACUGACUUCGUAAAUGUUCUUAAAAAAAGUUUACAAACCAACAGUGAAAUAGUUUUACCAAAAGAUUUUGAUAUUUUAAAAACAGGCACUGGCAAAGAAAAUUGUCCCGUUUAUGAUGAUUGGUAUUAUGCACGCAUGGCUGCUAUUAUUAAUCUUAUUGCAAAAAAAGGAAUAUUGACAGUUGAAGAAGCAUGCGUAUAUUUUGGAAACUAUAAAAAUAGAGGACGUAGACCAAAUAAGUUUGUUAAAGCCGAUGACUUUUUUAUGAGAAGCAUUUUUGAUAAUUUACAAAAGAUUGGAUAUAUUGAUCUUAAUAAUAAAACAGGUAUGCUUACUUCUAAUGCUAAGGAAGUUAUAUUUGAUGUUAUUCAUUCUUUGAGAGAAUAA